CUCCAGGCUCAAGUACCAGUAUCAGACGAUAUAUACAAGAGCAGAAGGGCAACCGCUCAUUUGGGACUAGCAACCACUCUCCGCCAUUUUAACGGGCGGAGACUUUCCAUCCAAACAUUUUCUCCGCCAUUUUAACAGUCUAAGGAGUUUUUCCGACGAGGGUACUCUUCACCAGAAUUCUAGGUGUUUGAUUGGCAGAAAUAGAUCAAGGGUAAGCAAAAGUAGAAGGUAGACGACGGGGCUCUACUCUGUCAAGAAACUUAAGAAAACCUGCUUCAUUAGAGUCCCAUGUGCAGGCUUGUUUUCAGAUCCUUACCAUGUAAGUCUCUCUCCCAGUAUAGAGGUGAAUUGGCCAUUCUAAUCUUCAAUCCUUCACAGCUUCCAGAUGUGGAUCAUAGCCAUUUUAUUAGAGCCAUGUCAUCGUUGUCUCCGACAUCGUCAUCAGUUGCAACUCCAUCCCAUAAGCACAUUGCCCAGCUUUUAUUAGAGCAAAAAUCAGCAGCCCAAGCCCUCGAAACCUUCAAAUGGGCCUCCAAACUCCCCAAGUUCACACACUCUCCCUCCACUUACCGAGCUCUCAUCCACAAGCUGUGCACCUUCCACCGCUUUGACACCGUUCACCAACUGCUUGAUCAAAUGCCCACAUCAAUUGGACAGCCCCCGGAUGAAGACAUUUUUGUCACCAUCAUUCGAGGUCUUGGCCGUGCCCACAUGGUAAAACAAGUGAUCAAAGUGCUUGACUUGGUUUACAAGUAUGACCAGAAACCUUCUUUGAAAGUAUUCAAUACAAUACUUGAUGUUCUUGUGAAGGAAGAUAUAGAUAUAGCCAGGGAGUUUUACAGGAAGAAGAUGAUGGAAAGUGGCAUUGAUGGCGAUGGUUAUACUUUUGGUAUCUUGAUGAAAGGACUUUGCCUGACGAACCGAAUUGGUGAUGGUUUUAAGCUUUUGCAAGCAAUGAAGACUCGGGGAAUCACCCCAAAUACUGUGGUAUAUAACACGUUGCUUCAUGCGCUUGGCAAGAACAAGAAAGUUGGUAGAGCGAGAAGCUUGAUGAAUGAGAUGGAAGCACCGAAUGACGUGACUUUUAAUAUUUUGAUAUCUGGGUAUUGUGGAGAAGAGAAUUUAGUGCAAGCUCUUGUUCUGCUAGAGAAGUGCUUUGGUUUGGGGUUUGUGCCUGAUGUUGUCACUGUAACUAAGGUGUUGGAAAUUCUUUGCAACAAUGGCCGUGUAAUGGAGGCUCUCAAGCUUAUAGAGAGAGUGGAGAGCAAGGGAGGACUGGUGGAUGUGGUAGCUUAUAACACCUUGGUCAAGGGUUUUUGUAGAUUAGGGAAAGCGAAACUCAGUCUUCGCAUUGUGGAGGAAAUGGAGAAAAAGGGAUGCCUUCCAAAUGUUGAUACUUACAAUGUCUUGAUCUCUUGUUUUUGCGAAUCUGGGAUGUUGGAUAUGGCUCUAGAUCUGUUUAAGGAUAUGGAAACAGAUGGUAUCUACUGGAAUUUUGUUACGUACGAUACAUUAAUUAGAGGUUUGUGUUCAGCAGGAAGGACGGAAAAAGGGUUUGAAAUUUUGGAACUAAUGAAUGAGAGAAAACACGGUUCUGGGGGCCAAAUCUCUCCUUAUAAUAGUGUAUUAUACGGGUUGUAUAAGGAAAAUCGUUUAGGCGAAGCACUUGAGUUUUUAACCAGUUUGGGGAAAUUAUUUCCCAGAGCUGUUGAUAGAAGCUUGAAAAUAUUAGGUUUCUGUGAAGAGGGCGCCACAUUGAAUGCAAAGAAGGUUUAUGAUCAGAUGAUUACAGAAAAUGGAGUUCCAAGUGCUAUAAUCUUCGACUGUCUAAUCAAUAGAUUUUGCCAAGAAGGCUCUGUUCGCGAAGCGUUUGACCUAAUGAACGAGAUGAUUGGUCAUGGUUACAUUCCUCUUGCAUCGACAUUUAAUCCUCUGAUCAAUGCGUUUUGUGACAAAGGGAAAGUUGGUAGUGCACUGAAACUUGUGGAGGACAUGGUUGAGAGAGGUUGCUCACCAGAUGGUGGAAGUUAUGGUCCGUUGGUAGCUGUUCUUUGCCGGAUGGGGGAUUUUCAGAAAGCUUUGAGAUUGGUUUUGCAGAUGGUACAAAGGGGCAUCGUUCCAGAUUACUUUACAUGGAAUUCAUUGCUUCUUUGUUUAAGUGAAGAGACUGUAUGGUUGAAAGGAAGAAGUGUAAUCGAUGUAAAUAGCUUGUUACACCAUAUUAUUGACAAUUAAAUGCUUGUCUAACCUGUAUGGGCGAGAUACAAGAAAAUCAAUGCAUAUCGACGAUAUUUAUCGAU